CAACCUAACCUUUCCGCAAUCAACAAUUAACCACUAGAAUAUAGUCGAAAGCGAAGACACCGGUCAAAUAGUCAAUUACUCCACUAGAUUUCGCAUGGAAAAUUAAGCCAUUGCAAAACUCUUCAAGUAAUUAAUUCAAAUUUCAGUAAUUAAGCUCUGAUAAACCGCGUAUUCAUUCAUUCACAUUUGAGAUGUAGAAGCAGAAGAUGAUGGCGAUGCAGAGAAGAGCUUCUUCUGCCAUAAUUCUUUCCAUUGCUCAGUCUCAGGAAGCAGCAGCGGCUUCAUCAGGUACCACUGCUACUGCUAGGUGUACUACUCUUGCUUCAUUUCUCUCUGCAUUCCCAAACCCUAAACCCCAAUUAGCUUUUUAUUCUGCUAUUAGUGGCAAAGUUGAGAGUUCUUCUGGAAAAGCUCUGAAAUUUCAACCGGGAUUGAGGAAUGAUAUUAAUAAUGUCGUCAGUCUUGAUGAUGCUCUGAGCUUGUACCGGCAGAUGGUCCGGAUGAGGCCUCUGCCUUGUGUUAUUCAGUUCAAUCAAUUGCUGGACCGUAUUGUUAAGAUGAAGAAUCAUUAUGUAUCUGCUAUUUCCCUUUUUAGGGAUAUGUGUGUCAAGGGCAUUCCUGCUGAUGAGGCCACCCUCAAUGUCGUGAUUAAUUGUUACCGCCUCUUGGGUCGAGUGGAUUUGGGGUUUACUGUGUUGGCUGCUUUCAUGAAGCGUGGUCUUGUCCCUAAUGUAGUCACCUUUAGUACUCUACUCAAAGGACUCUUUCGAGAACAUAGGGUCCCCCAGGGACAAGAAUUGUUUAAGAAGAUAAUAUUCGAAAAACUUUGCGAGCCCAAUGAAGUUAUGUUUCUGAUUGUGAUAGAUGGGCUUUGUAAGGUGGGGAACAUUCAAAUGGCCAUUGAAUGCCUAAGAGUCAUGGAAAAAAGAAGAAGAUGUAAGCCCAACGUUCAUGCGUACAGUACAAUCAUUGACAGCUUGUGCAAGGAUAAAAUGGUUGUUGAAGCUCUUGCCCUCUUGCAGGAGAUGAUUGAAAAGGGCAUUCCACCAAAUGUUGUCACUUACAGUUGUUUGAUUCAAGGUCUGUGCAACUUAAGCAGAUGGGAGGACGUUGACAAGCUCUUUUCUGAGAUGAAGGUUUAUAAAAUUGUUCCGAAUGUUAUUACUUUUAGUAUUGUGGUGGAUGCACUGUGUAAGGAAGGGCAUAUAGAAGAUGCUGAAGAGGUAGUCCAGAUCAUGAUCCAGCAAGGUCAAAAUCCCAAUCUGGUCACAUACUGUUCCUUAAUGGAUGGGUACUGUUUACAGAGGCGAAUAGAUGACGCAAGGAGAGUUUUCAAUACCAUGGUUGCUAGCGGCCUUACACCUGAUCUCCAUGGCUAUGGUAUUCUAAUAAAUGCCUAUUCCAAGACCAAGAAAAUGGAAGCAGCCAUGAAUCUCUUUCGAGAGAUUCAGCAUAAAGGUUUAAAACCUAAUAUUGUUGUUUAUACCACUGUCUUGCAGGGGUUAUUUAGUUCCGGAAGGUAUCUUAGUGCUCGAGAAAUUUUCAACGAGAUGCAAGCUUCUGGCAUGAAGCCUGAUUUUCUCACUUUCUGUGUGGUACUGGAUGGAUUAUGCAAGACUGGACAUAUCGAUGAAGCAUUGCAGUUAUUCCAUGAAAUGGAAACUGAUGCAACAAAUCUUCACAUAAAAAUGUACACUAUCAUGCUUGAUGGGUUGUGCAAAAGCAGGAGGCUCGAUAGUGCUCGAGAUCUUUUCAACAAUCUCUCCCUUAAAGGAUUGGACCCUAACGUCAUAACAUUCAACACCAUGAUUUCUGGCCUGCUUUCAGAAGGUCUGCUCAUCGAAGCUAAAGAGCUCAUUGGAAAAAUGGAAGAGAAGGGUUGCUUGGCAAAUAGUGUUACAUACAAUGUCAUUCUGCAAGGACUCCUUAAGGGAGGUCAUUAUGAUGAUGCAGUGGUCUAUUAUGAAGAAAUGGUUCACAAAGGAUUCUUGCUGGAUGCAUCUACGUUUUCCAUUUUGCUUGAUUCAUCCGCUGGAAAUCAGAGCAAUCCUUCUCUACUAAUGUUAAUGCUGAAGACUGAUCCUGAUAGCAAGAAGUUCAUGGAUGGGGGACAAAGAGGACCUUCACAUUAGUUGUAACAUGUUGGCCCUGGUGUCUUUUGACCCCUAAACUUUAAUUUGUUGAAACUAACAUUUGGAUCCUGUUGUCACUUAUCAUCUUUGAUGCAAUUGAACCUUAGAGGAGAUCUGUUGGUCAUAUUUUGUGAAACACCUCAAAGAUCUCCAGUUUGGUGGUGAAGCCGCUUUGCUUGGGGUAGUUCAAUUGAUAAGUGUAGCAGAUCAAAGAAAUCUGCUUCCAUUAAUUGGAUUCGUACCACUUCUUAUGAGCGACCUCUUGUCGAUCUUUCCAUGGAGAACCUCAGUGUGGCAUAUCACUUAAGUGGUAACUUGUACAGGUUCUUUUUUCUCGUUUUUCAUGGGUGUUGGUACUUUAGCUUGCCUGUAAAUUUUGCUCUGGAUAACUAAUAUUUGAUUUUAUUGGAAAUAAGAAACGAAAUGGCAUAUGCAAAUAUAAUUUGUGACUUUGAAUUUCUAGAGAAGUUUUAAGCUGCAUUUCUGUAAUUUUGAGAAAAUUUUUUCUAAGAUAAAAUUGUUACUUUUUAUUUUAAUUCCUAAAUGGUGCCAAAGGUGCAGCCAGUUCAAAAGUGUAAAUAUUUUCUAGACCAGUUUCUUGCUUUGGAUUCACAGUUUGAGGUCCCAUAAAUAGGCAUGGUUAUUGAUUUGUUUUAACUGCAUUUGACUAAACCCAAACUUUUUAAGUAUGAUCCAAAAAACUUUUUAAGUAUUGAUUAGGUAUUGAAACAUAUGGAAAUAGUUAUGAUGAAUUUUAUAUGAAAGGAAUUGGCUGAAGUGAUCAAGACUAAUUUUUUAAAUCGGGGAAGAUUUUUUAACUUCAAACCACAUCUUAAAUAACAUUAGUUCAAAUUGAAUUGUGAGAAAAUUAAGAGCAAGUCUUAAUUUUAAUUUAAUUUAUUUUAUUUCUCGGUGACAAGCAUUGAAUGACAAGUCUUGCAUUGAAGUUUUAUGCAAGAGAUCUGUUUUACAACGGUUCAAAAUCAUGUUCAUUAACUGUCCUAUGGACAACUUAAUUAUCUUUUCUAAUAGCUUUAGAGGAGGAUUCCCAAUUUUAGACGGAAAAACUAAUCUUGUUUCUGAAUGCAGGAAACAAGUUUGUGAUAAAACUUUUCUAUAAAUUGGAUUUUUGUAGUAGCAUCUAUUCUGCGUGGCUGGUUCAGUUUGUGAAGAAUUUUGUCACAAUUUUCAUUCCUACAGUAUGUGGUAAAUUUGAAUUAUUUACUGGGAAGAUACUCAGCAUAGAAUGGAAAUAGUGAAUGUGUAUCUUGAAUACCAGUAACCAUUUUUUGUUUGUCAUAAAAUUGUUUGACAAGGUAUUAUUGGUCACUGAGGUGGAAUUGGGAGGUAUUCAUUGUUUUUGCUAGUUAUGAUUGGGCAUGAUCUGCAGUGAUAUGAAUGACCUUUCAGUAAUUGUAAAGUAUCUAUUUGUGCCUGUAAUAGACCUCAAACCUGGAGAAAAAGGCCUGGACUGAUGUACUAGAAAAGAAUUUCUUUUGAUACAGCACAUGGCCUGGAGUACCUGCAUGAGCAUUGCUAUGGUAAAAUUGUUCACCCUGAUUUAAAGCCUGGAAACAUCCAUCUGGAUGAUAACUUGGAAGCUUUCUUCGGUGGAUACAAAAUUAUCAGAUUGCAACUUAAGUCCAGGGAACUAUGGGACACAUUGCCCCUGAAUAAUUGUAUGUUCCUGCUGUGGUCUUAUCGGUGCAUUAAUGAAAUGGGUGUUCGGUCAAUCUUCAGCUUGGAGGGAGCGAAAAUGGGUGACCAAUUAAUACUUAAGGUUAUUAUUCUUCUGUAUGUACCAUAUCAUAUCUGCAUUUUAUUGCACUGUGAUCUUUUUUAACCUUAGCUUUUGAUUGUAAGUAAUUUCUGAACACUCUAACCAACCAUACUGGAGUUGCACAACUACAGGGAACAUAGAACAUAGCCUGUCAAGUGUUGUUUCACUGAAGCUAACAUUCGCAGCCUCCU